AUGGCAAAACGAAGCACCCAGAAUCGGCUUGUCAAGCUUGCAAUCGCUGCUUCCUUGAUUACUACGUCUUUCUCAACCCCUUUAGACCCCUCUAGACUUGGGCCUAGAGAUGAUCCAGCGAGCGUUCAAACCACUCCGGCUAAGCAACUCACCCUUGAUCCGAAGGCUUUUGGCGCCGCAAUCGAAGGCACCUCCGUCAAUAAGGCUGGUGAUGUAUUCGCCGUGGAUUUUAGAGGGAAGGGCGCAACUACGACUUCUUCCUUCGGCUUCUUCCACCAGACCGAUGGCGGAGUGGCCAACGUUGUCGGUCAAGACCCCAUCGUUAUUGCCAAAGGCGCAGAGGAUACCUUCCUUGCAGGCUCACGAUUUGUUAAGAAGGGAGAAAAAGUCCUGAUAGCAGAUGCGCAGAACAAGCGCGUUAUGGCGGUAGACGUGGCAUCCAAGAAAGCCUCCGUCUUUUGCGAAAAUGCCAAGAUGCUCCAACCAAAUGACAUUGCCCUCUCCACCAAACGAGAUUGCUUGAUCUUCCUUUCCGGUCAAAAGUACGUUGAGACAACCGUUGCCGGUGAGCAUGGUGAUCUCUGGACAUGUGAUGGAGACAAAGCAACCCAGUUUAGCCCUGAAAUCCUCAAAAAGGCGGGUGUUCAUCGGACGAACGGUAUCGAAGUGGACCCCAAGGGCGAGUUCCUUUAUCUCACUUCCGCCGCGAACGUCAAGGGCGUAGUUGGCAACCUCAAAAUCUUCAAGUUCGCCCUGGACAAGGCGAGUGGUGCACUCCUCGAACAGGAUCCAGUGGUAUUCCAUGAUCUCAGCCAUGAAAAGGGUGCAGAUCUCGAUGGAAUGCGCGCCGAUGUUGAUGGUAACUUGUACGUUUCUCUCAACGGUGUUGGCAAAAUUGCCAAACUUGACCCUAGCGGCAAGCUCCUGCAGUACAUCACCACACCCGGUGUUAAGGGUCCUAGCAAUCUGGAGCUCGGCGGGAAAGACGGCAAGACCCUGUUCGCUGUUGGCAGAUGUGACAAUAAAGAUCUGGCACCUGGCUGUGCUGCCUCCAUCGAUGUCGACAAACCUGGCAGAGCAUUUACCUCGCUCAACGCCUGA